AUGUCAGCACAAACCGAGAAUCUCAGGUCUAUACCUAAAGAUGAAGUGGCCAAACACACGAAAGAAGGUGAUCUAUGGGUUAUCGUCGAUUCCAUAGUUUACGACCUUAGCAAAUUUGGAGCUAUGCAUCCUGGUGGUAUUGGAGUUUUACUCGAUCCAGAAGUAGCUGGACAAGAUGCUACUACUGUGUUUUACGGAUUGCAUCGCUCAGAAAUCCUACAAAAACCACAAUAUCAAAGACUCAGAAUCGGUAUUGUCGAAGGACAGAAACCACGUAUAAAACCAUCACUACCUGGAGAUAUCUCCCGUGUACCUUAUGGUGAACCGACAUGGUUGACGCCGGAGUACAAAAGUCCUUACUUCAAAGAAUCCCAUAGGGCUUUACAAAAAGCCAUGCGUAUUUUUGUGGAUGAACUAUUGUAUCCCGAUGCGCAGGCCUGCGAGGAGUCGGGUAAACGUGCAUCCAAAGAGGUGUUGCAAGCCAUGGCCGAGAAUAACCUGAAUCGCAUGCGACUCGGACCAGGAAAACAUCUCCAUGGUCAUCAACUAUUCGGCGGGGCUGUCAAAGGGGAGGAAUUCGAUUAUUUCCAUGAACUCGUCCUUAACCAGGAAAUCUCAAGAAUCAACGCCAGAGGUUAUGGUGAUGGCUUGAACGCUGGAAUGGUCAUUGGUUUACCUCCGGUUUUGAACUUUGCCAAAGAGCCAUUGAGGUCCAAAGUCUUGGAUGAGGUUUUCAGUGGGCAAAAGGUUAUUUCUCUGGCUAUUUCCGAAGCAUUCGCCGGCUCAGACGUUGCCGGUCUUCGCACCACAGCUACCAAGAGUGAAGAUGGCAAAACUUGGACAAUCAAUGGGACCAAAAAGUGGAUCACGGGCGGCAUGCAUUCUGAUUAUUUCACUGUCGGAGCAAAGACCGAAGGUGGUCUCACUGUCUUCCUCGUCCCUCGUGGUGAAGGUGUGGAAACCAAACAAAUCAAGACUUCUUAUUCCACUACGGCUGGGACGGCCUAUAUCACUUUUGAUAAUGUCAAAGUACCUGCGGAAAACAUGUUGGGACCGGAAGAUGGGGGUUUGCUCGUCAUUCUUUCAAACUUUAACCACGAACGAUGGGUCAUGUGUUGUGCAUCUGCGCGAUCGUCUCGUACGAUAGUAGAAGAAUGUCUUAAAUGGGGAGCACAGAGAUUUGUAUUUGGUAAACCUCUCCUUGCCCAAGCUGUGAUUCGACACAAGUUGGCAGCUAUGAUUGCGAAAGUUGAAGCUACACAAGCGUGGUUGGAACAGAUUACAUAUCAGAUGUGUAACAUGAGUUACAAGGAACAAUCUCGUAAUCUCGCCGGUCAAAUCGCUUUCCUUAAAAUGCAAUCAACCAGAUUCGCAGGUGAGAUAAGCGACGACGCCGUACAGAUCUUCGGUGGUCGAGCCAUCACUCGAACAGGCAUGGGCAAGUUUAUCGAGCAGUUCCAGAGAACUCAGAAGUUCGAUGCUAUUCUCGGGGGAGCAGAGGAUGUACUUGGUGAUUUGGGUGUGAGGCAGGCGAUGAGGAAAAUGCCCAAAGAUGUAAGGUUGUAA